UCAAACGUUGUCGCAAAUACACAUAGAUGUUUGAUGAGUUCGGCAUGGAGAAAGCAGUAGAGCCGUCUUGGAGUUCCUCCUACACCUACCAGGUGAGCAAGCACAGUGCGGAGAUGCUACACAACCUCAACCUACAGAGGAAAGAUGGAGGCAGGUUCUGCGACGUGAUCUUGCGCGUCGGAGAGGAGAGCUUCCCCGCUCACAAAGCUGUGCUGGCUGCGUGCAGCGAGUACUUUGAGUCGGUUUUUAGCUGCCAGUCAGAGGUCGACAGGGACACCAAGGAGCUUGAAAUGCACACCAUUAACCCUAAAGUUUUUAAGGACAUUUUGGACUUCGCCUACACGUCCAAGAUCGUGGUGCGUCUGGAGUGUUUCCCAGAGUUGAUGACAGCUGCCAAGUUUCUGCUCAUGAGAUCGGUAAUCGAGAUAUGUCAGGAGGUCAUUAAACAGUCCAACGUGCAAAUCCUGGUGCCGUCCACUCGAGGAGGGGACGCCAGUCUAUUCCAGGCCACGGGAGCUCCCGAGUUGGGUUUCCAAGUGGGCCAGCAGGACAUGGUAAACGGAACGGGCUUGUUGGUGAAUGGAUCGUCGUUCGCCGACAGCCAGCAAAAGCAUUUCGGUGAGAACCAAACCACUAACGUGGUGCUGCUGGAGGACGGCACCGAGUCGUCUAUGCCAGUCUUGCAGCCAGUGGAAGGGCUGUCAGACAUGUCGUCACCAGAACUAACAGGCAACGCGUUUAACAGCGACAGCGGGUCUCCUGGGUCGAAGAGGAGCAGGGGAAGACCAAAGAAGGGGGCAGUCAUGGAGCCGCUCCAUUUCAACCACAGCACCCCUAAAGACAGCGGGUUGUUUCCUUGCGGCACCUGCGGCAAAGCGUUCACGGAAGCGGCGCGUCUGAAGAACCACGAAGCGCAGCACGGCGCGUCCGCGGCCCGCGUAAACAGCGUCGCCGUCGGCCUGUCUCCGGAGGGCGGCGUUAGUUUGACGUCGCACCCCUCCGCGGCGCUGGUGGAGAACGGCAUGGCGUUGCACGGGGGAAUAACGUUGGACAACGGGCGCAAGCGGGAGAGGACCCGGCGGCACGUCGGCUGUGACAUUUGUGGGAAGGUUUUCCGCGACGUUUACCACCUGAACCGACACAAGCUCUCCCACUCCGGGGAAAAACCCUACGCGUGCCAUGUGUGCGGUCUUCGGUUUAAACGCAAGGACAGGAUGUCAUACCAUGUGCGGUCACACGACGGCUCCGUCGGCAAACCGUACGUGUGUCAAAGCUGCGGGAAAGGGUUUUCCAGACCAGACCAUCUGAAUGGACAUAUUAAACAGGUUCACACAACGGAGAGACCCCACAAGUGCCAGAUUUGUAAUGCUUCUUUUGCUACAAGAGAUCGUCUGCGAUCACACCUUGCUUGCCACGAGGACAAAAUCCCCUGCAAAGUUUGUGGCAAGUUCCUGCGGGCUGCAUAUAUGACAGACCACCUAAAGAAACACAGUGAAGGAACUCACAACUACUGUGGCAUUUGCAAUAAAGGUUUCUCCACUGCGUCCUACCUUAAGGUGCACAUAAAGACACACCACAGCUCACCGCUGCCUCUCCCUGCCACACUGCACACCUUCCCUGAGCCAAGGGGGGGACCGCAGAUGCACAACGGCACCCCUUACCACACGGGACGCCAGUGCUCAGUGGAAGACCUGUGCACUACUCACCAGCUGCUUGUCACCUUACCUGAGGCAGAGUGUCACUCUAGUGGGCUCUCUGGAUCCCCAGUUCUCCCCCAGCAUGGCCCUCCAGCCUUGGGCCUGCAGCCCGAGCUGCUCUUGGGGAAGUCAGGUGGGGCUCCAUAUUUCUGGGAGUGUCGCUCUGGCGGAGCCCCUGGCUUCCCCUUCCAUGGGCCUCUUGCAGACGGACAGGAGAAUGCUGGGAAAUGCCCCCAUCUGGAGUCGGAGGAAUCGGAUCCUUCAUUUGGGGAGCUGUCCAACGGUGACGAGCUCAAGUCUCCACACAAGCCUGAUGCCGAGGAGCUCGAGAUGCCCCCCUUAGCCUGCAAUGGAGCCUCCGCAGGGACACUCAGCUCUUCAGAGGGAGCCAAAGCCAAGACAGACCCCGAGAAGAAGUUUAUCUGUGGCAUCUGUGGUCAGGCUUUCCGCACUAAGUCCUACCUCAACAAGCACCAGCACAGAGUACACAAAACCCAGAAAGGUCAAGGGGGAACAGGGUCUGGCUUGGCCGACCUUACCCCUUCCCUGACCUCCCCUUUCUCCCCUCAACAGAACAUGUCUCUGCUUGAGUCCUUUGGCUUUCAGAUAGUCCAGUCUGCCUUUGCCUCUUCGCUGGUGGAUGCUGAGGCAGGUCAGAGCGGGAUCGAUUUUGGUGGGAAGUGACAUAAUCCCAGGGGGAUUAAGCUCUGUCAAAGCCUCCUGUUUUUUUAGGACAAUGGCUGGUUUGCCAACCCGAGGUCCUCUGUAUUUGGGAAUAACUUUGCCUCAAGACUACUCUGCUGUUCAUUGAGUCGCUCACUGUGCAUCUGAUUAUGUCAUUACUCUGUGUCAUCGACUUCGCCAUAGAGUUCCUAUUAUUUCGGAGUUGGGAAAUGUUGAACUGCAUUUUAUGUUUCCCCAAUCAAGUAAUAUCUUCGAAGGUUUUCUAUUGUUUUUGUUAAUCUGAUCCUUCGAUUGUUCAUUAUUUUUCAUCUCUAUCCACUUGUUUGUAUUGUAAGUGUAAUCAAGCCCGCAUACCUAUCAGUUUUUUCAAUUGAGGUGAAUUAAUAUUAUUUAACGCAUUCUCACAACUUGUAAUCUGUUACUGUAUUCAUCUGCAUCGAUGGAAGUGCUUACGACACACUCGGGACACCUACCCUUGGCCACGACGGCGUUUGAUUUCUGGUUCUUUGUUGCUCUGAAGGCGGUAAACAGAUAUGCCCUCGCCUCGGAGCGCCCAAGAGUUUUGUAGUUUCUGCUCUGCUGCGUUUGAGGAGAGG